UGUAAUAGACGCAAAUUCGGCACAGUUCGAAUACGCGACUAGCAGAAGGUGGUGCUGAAGUUUUGUGUAGCUGCUUCAACACCGAAAAUAUUUUGUGAUGAAUUAAAAUACACCAUGGCGCUUACAAAAUACAUUAUUCCCUUAAUAUUUGGGAUGACGUUUGCUUCACAAUUGAAUAUAGAAGAAUGGAACGAGAUGGCUAGGAAUGGAAUCAUACCGAAUCCUCAAAAAUGUGGCAGAGUCGGUGUAUCAGAUCGUAUUUUUGGUGGCACUGACACAAGUAUAGAUGAAUAUCCCUGGACCGCCUUGCUACUGUACUCAAAUAAAAAGACUCAAGAUUUCGGCGCCGGCUGCAUGGGUUCACUCAUUUCCAAACAAUAUGUGCUCACAAUAGCACAAUGCGUUGACGAAAGCUUUGCACCUAAAGAGGGUGUUAAUUUUAUUGGUGUACGUUUCGGAGAAUGGAACAUUUCAUACAAACGAGACUGUCAAAAAUUUAGUGGAGGCAAAUCCCUUUGCGCUCCAUUGUAUAUGGAUAUAGUAGCAGAUGUUAUAAUCUCACAUCCAGAAUACAACAAAAAGACGCUACGGAAUGAUAUAGCUUUACUACGUUUGAUAAGAAAAAUUGCAUUUACGGAUUUCAUUAGCCCCAUAUGUUUGCCAUAUCAUGAAGAUCAGGGAUAUAUCGGUGCGCCGAACAGCACAGCAGAAAUCACUGGCUGGGGUGAAACUCUGAGAAGAGAUGAGAGCCAAAUAAAACAAAAAGCAACUGUAAAAAUAUUCGAACUUAAUGCUUGUGAGAGUAGAAUUAAUGGUGCAGUGGGUAUGCAUUACAGUUUCGCUCCGGACUUGCAAAUAUGUGCUAUGGACGAUGUCAAAGUCGCAUGUAAACUAGAUGGCGGUGGACCGCUCAUGGUUCAACAUUCAAAUGAAAAUAAACCGGCAUAUUAUUUGAUUGGGUUAUUCUCCAGUAUGGACAUUACAUGCGAUAGGAAGAAUCUUCCUGGUAUAUACACGCGCGUCCAGGCCUACCUGCCAUGGAUAAAAGAGCACAUUCACUUGUAAUUAUUAAUGAAUGCAAUAUUUAACCAGAAUAUAUAGUGUAACUUAUGUCUUUGUAAUUAAAAUAAAAAAAUUCA